GCGGAGGCAGGGUUUUUUCCCCUGAUGACGUCACAGAAAGUGUCGCCCAGAAGAAGAAGAAGAAGAAGAAGCAGCAGCAGAAAGUUGAAGUUGAAGAAGAAGCAGCAUAAAGUUGACUCGACAUGGCGGGAGUGGCGUCCACUCUGGCCAAGCAGCGCGCCAUGGCGGCGGGCUUCGGCAGCAACCACAAGGCGGUCCCGUACCUCCAGCAGGACUUCUCCUCUCUGCGGGCCCAGUGUGUGAGCAGCCGCCGCCUCUUCUGCGACCCCACCUUCCCCGCCGAGCCCGAGACUCUCGGCUUCAAGGAGCUGGGCAGGAACUCUUUCAAGACCCGCGGCGUCACCUGGAAGAGACCCACGGAGCUGGUGUCCUCGCCUCAAUUCAUUGUGGGCGGAGCCUCCAGGACAGACAUCUGCCAGGGUGCCUUAGGUGACUGCUGGCUGUUGGCGGCCAUCGCCUCGCUGACCUUGAAUGAGUUCGUGAUGGCUCGUGUUGUUCCUUCAGACCAGGACUUUGAUGACAACUACGCCGGAAUCUUCCACUUCCAGCUGUGGCAGUUUGGCGAGUGGGUGGACGUGGUGAUUGACGACAGGCUGCCAGUCAAAGACGGAGAGCUGCUAUUCGUCCACUCGGCUGAGGGGCGGGAGUUCUGGAGCGCCCUGCUGGAGAAGGCCUACGCCAAGGUGUGCGGCUGCUACGAGGCCUUGUCGGGGGGCUCCACCACGGAGGGCUUUGAGGACUUCACAGGGGGCAUCGCUGAGAACUUUGACCUUCAGCGCCCCCCCAGCAACCUCUUCCACAUCCUGGUCAAGGCCUUGGAGGCGGGGUCACUGCUGGGCUGCUCCAUCGACAUCACCAGCGCCGCCGACUCGGAGGCGGUCACGCGCCAGAAGUUGGUCAAAGGCCACGCCUACUCGCUGACGGGGGCCGUGGAGGUCAACUACAGAGGAGGUCGGGAGAAGUUGGUGCGUGUGAGGAACCCGUGGGGUCAGGUGGAGUGGACCGGCGCCUGGAGUGACGGCUCGCCAGAGUGGAACUCGGUGGAGGGUCCGUGUCCUCACGCCAACGCCGAGGAUGGAGAGUUCUGGAUGUCCUACAGAGAAUUCCUGCGCCACUACUCCCGCAUCGAGGUGUGCACUCUGACCCCGGACACCAUCUUGGACGACUCGGUCAAGCACUGGAGCGUCAACAAGUUCGAUGGCGCCUGGCGUCGCGGUUCCACUGCUGGCGGCUGCAGGAACCAUCCCUAUACGUUCUGGAUGAACCCUCAGUUCGUGGUCAAGCUGGACGAGGAGGACGACGACCCCGAGGACGGCGAGGCGGGCUGCAGUUUGGUCCUGGGUCUGAUCCAGAAGAACCGCAGGAAGCUCCGCAAACAAGGCGAGGACAUGCACACCAUCGGCUUCGCCAUCUACGAGGUUCCCAAGCAGUUCCACGGCCAGCAGCAGGUGCACCUGGACAAGAACUUCUUCCUGACGCACGCUCAGACCGCCAAGUCCGAGACCUUCAUCAACCUGCGCGAGGUCAGCACCCGCUUCAAGCUGCCACCUGGCGAGUACCUGGUGGUGCCCUCCACCUUCGAGCCGCACCUCAACGGCGACUUCUGCAUCCGCGUCUUCUCCGAGAAGGGCUCGCAGACCGUACCCUUUGACGACCCGGUCAGCGCAGAUCUGGACGACGAAAUGGUGUCGGAGCAGGAAGUGGAUGCCGGGUUCCGGGGACUCUUCGCCAAGCUAGCAGGAGGCGACAUGGAGAUCUCGGCGGCGGAGUUGAGGACCAUCAUGAACAAGAUCGUGGCUAAACGAAGUGACAUCAAGACGGACGGCUUCAGCAUGGAGACCUGCCGAGUCAUGGUCAACCUCAUGGACGACAGCGGCAACGGCAAGUUAGGUCUGUCCGAGUUCGCCACCUUGUGGAAGAAAGUCCAGCGCUACCUGUCCCUCUACAAGAAGAACGACGUGGACAACUCGGGCACCAUGAGCACGCCUGAAAUGAGAGUGGCCUUCAAAGACGCAGGUUUCACGCUCAACAACGCUAUCUACCAGCUGCUGGUCGCUCGCUACGCCGAGCCCGACUUGACCUUGGACUUUGACAACUUUGUGGGCUGUUUGAUGCGUCUGGAGAUCAUGUUCCGGAUCUUCAAGAAGUUGGAUCCUAACGAGAGCGGUUCCAUCGACCUCGACUUCAACCAGUGGUUGACCUUCUCCAUGCUGUGACUCCACUUCCUGUUUGUCACCUGACUCCACUUCCUGUUUCUCACCAACCAUUUAAAUAAAAAUACAUUUCAAACUAC